AUGCAACGGUCUGGUGCAAUCUUCGCCAAUGCUGGAGUCGCCUCCGUGGAUGAUGUCAAACAUAUCGAGAAAAAAGGUCAAUUUCACGGCUCACUGUGUCGUCCGGAUCGGACCAGAUUAAUGAGGUACCGUGGCUUUCGAAUGUCGACAAAAUUGGUCAGCAUCGACUUGAUUUUUGACGAUAGCGUGCAUUUCUACCGGGAGGUGAACCAAAUCACGUCCAUAACCUACGUGCCCGAUGUCAAAUACCUGCAAUUUCAAUCAGAAGCCAACGACAAGCAGCCAUUCGUGCCCAGCCUUGUUAUCUGUGGCGACGCCUCAAUACUUUGA